UCGGGGCUUGGUUGCGGAAAAUGUUUCGUCCUACCAGUGUUGUGCUAGCUCUAGUGUUUAUACUUCAAGUGGUGCUACAAAUUGUCCGAGGUGCUGCCAUUCUCGAAGGGCGUCCCUACCAUGACGAACCGUACUAUCCAACCGAUUUGGAUGGGGCCAAUUCCACAAAGUACAACGAAUUAUCCGCCGGUUUGAAAUGGAACAAAUCUUUGCUGACUUACAACAUAAUAAACUACCCGGUCGCCGUGCCUGCUGACUUAAUUCGAAGCUCAAUCCGACAUGCGUUCGAUGCGUGGAGCGAGGUCACCAAUUUAGACUUUGUGGAAAGUGCCAACGCUGCCCAGGUGGACAUUCAAAUCGGUUUCGAGGGUGUGAAUCAUUACCGCAGAGGUGUGCCGUGCCAAUUCAGCCAGGAAAUCACGCUAGCUCAUGCAUUUUUUCCGGAAGCCGGCGACAUUCACUUCAAUACAAAGUAUUUUUUCACCGGUGAUACUUCAAUAGAACAGUUUCUCAACACGGCCGUUCACGAGAUUGGACACUCGUUGGGACUCUUUCAUUCCUCAUCGAGAGAUUCCAUCAUGUACGGGGCACAAUUGGAGCUCCGCUCCAAACCACAACCGGAAGAUAUUCAGGCCAUUCAAGCUAUUUAUGGGGUUCGUUCUGGAAUACGACCUACGACACAAGCACCGACAUCUGCAACUCGCCCUACGGUCAAAGUAAUCAAACCACGAACCACAACUAAUCUCUGCUCUCUAGAAUCCUACGACACCAUCGUCAUCGAUCACCGCGGGCACAUUUGCGUCCUAGCAGACCGCUUCUACUACAACCUAAACGAAACAAAUCCUCCAGCCCGAAAAAUAUCCGCCAAAUGGCCCAAGCUUCCACCAAAAGUGGAUGCCGCCGUCACCUACCGUGAUCAGAAGACGUACUUCUUCAAAGGUGCACAGUACUGGAAAUAUGACAAACGUCAACUGGAGGAACGCUACCCACGCCCAACCGACGUAGGGUUCCUAGGACUACCCUCGAGCAUCGAUGCAUUGCUGCUUUCGAAAGGCGGGGGAUUCCUCGUGUUUAAAGACCAACAGUACUGGUUUUACGAUACGCGAAAAGCGAAACCAGUCGAGUGGUACUAUCCGAAGUCGACUGAUGAAUUCGCGGGGUUCCCCAAACGGCUUGAUGCUGCGCUGGUCACGGCGGAGGGGCGAAGAUUUAUUUUCAGCGGACUGAGAUACUGGGAAGUAGACGAUAAUAACUAUGUUAUCGGUCGGGGAGGAGACGUGCGGAGAGAUUGGUUCAACUGUUGAAAAUGUUUCUGCGAAAUAAGUGACACCCCGUCUAGUCGUUUUCUUAAUAUUGCAAAUUGCGAUUUUAGAUAGUUUUUACUUAAGUAUUAAUAGUUACGCAGACACACGACUGCUUGGUGCUGAGCUGCUGUGAUCUAAAGUUUGCCAAUUCGUUUAUUACAUGCCAAUCGACAUGACAUAUAGAUCAAAUACCGGUUAAAUAAAAACCUAUAAUCCGCUUAGCUUGAAAAUUAAGAAUUUGCGAUGUGCAUGAGAUUCUAAAUAAGAUUCGUAUGAUAGAUGAAUCUAU